UUUUUUUUUUUUCUUUGCUAUUUGGAAUUGUCACCUAAAUAAAUUAUAAUACAGCAGAGAGAUUGUGGCAACAGAGCUGCCGGUGGAGGCCAUAGUUUCUGACUCCUACCAUAACAUCAGCACAGGUUUUGGGACGUUGCCUGUGGCUAAAAUCUUCAGAAUCUACCUGAGGAGAGUAAUAUGGCUGCUGAAACCCUCAACUUUGGACCAGAAUGGCUCCGCGCACUCUCCAGUGGAGGGAGCGUUACGUCCCCACCUCCCUCUCCUGCAAUGCCAAAGUACAAGCUAGCGGAGUAUCGAUAUGGAAGAGAGGAAAUGUUAGCACUUUAUGUAAAAGAAAAUAAGUUUCCUGAUGAGAUGCGGGAUAAGGAGUUUGCUGCUAUACUCCAGGAGGAUCCCUUACAACCUCUUGCUCUGGUACCAUUAACAGAAGAAGAACAGAGGAACUUUUCCAUGUCUGUGAACAGUGUGGCUGUGCUCAGGUUAAUGGGGAAGGGAGCUGGAGCUGUUCCAACUGGAGUGACCAGAGGGCGAGGCAGCAAUAGAGGCAGAGGUCGAGGGCGUGGAGACAGCGGUUUCUACCAAAGAAGUAUUGAAGAUGGUGAAGUUGGCUUUGGCCGCAGUGGACGGGAAAUCCACAGAAGCCAGAGCUGGGAUGACAGAGGAGAAAGACGGUUUGAAAAAAGAAGAGAUGGAGCAGGUCGCACUAACUUUGAUGAGGCUGGCCCUAGUGCUCGUAAAGAAUAUCCACGGUCAGACAGCGAGAAUUGGCGGACUCUCCGGGAAGAGCAUGAGGAAGAUGAUGGCAAUGAAGGGGGUGGCAGCUGGAGACUUGCUGGAGUCAGGAGGGAAGAGGGUGGACCUCGCUCUGCUGGCUGGCGUGAGCAUGGGGGAGAGCGACGGCGCAAGUUUGACUUUGAUUUCCGGGAGCAUGGAGAUGAACGGGGAGGCAGACGGUUGCGGUCAAACAGCGACAGCUUUGAAGAUGACAAGGAUGGCCUACCUGAAUGGUGCAUGGAUGAUGAAGAUGAUGAGAUGGGCACGUUUGAUUCCUCUGGGGCCUUUAUGUCACUCAAGAAGACCUCAAAAGAUCCCAUUCCAGAAGAGCAGGAACUAGAGUUCCAGGGUGUAGAGGAAGAAGAAGAAGAGAAGGCAGAUGGGUUUAAAGAUCCCCAGGAAUUUGGCCUUGAAACUGAGCAAAAAGAUUCAUCAGAGAAAGAUCUACCUGAGGCUGCAGACAGUGACAGGAAGUCUCCAGAGCCAUCACCCCCAUCCCCAUCCACAGUGUUAGUUAGUCAGGGCCCAAGUUUGCAGUCCUCUGUCACUGAAAGUGAAUCUCCUCUCCAGGAAGUACUUCUUGCCGAGCCAGACACUGCCACAGACAAGGGAAUCAAGCUUGUCACUGAUGAGUGUGUACCGCUACCAACAGCUGCACAGCUGAGUCCUGCCACUUCUUCCACUCUCUCUUCCUCUCCUCCCUCAACCUCUGCUGCUAUUGAAUUUACUGCUGGGGGAGACAAUGAGGAUGAUGAUGGGAUGAACCACCUGCAACAGGAGGCAGAAAAAAUGGUGGCUUCUCUGCAAGAUAACUCCCUGGAAGAGGAGCGUUUCACACAGACCAUGCAGGAAAGCAGGAACACGGCAGCUGCUUUGCCUCUUUCCCAUGAGGCAGCUAUGAAGUGGUUCUAUAAAGAUCCACAGGGAGAGAUUCAAGGACCAUUCACUACCCAGGAGAUGGCAGAGUGGUUCCAGGCUGGAUAUUUCACAAUGACCCUUCUUGUAAAACGAGGUUGUGACGAGGGCUUUCAGCCCCUAGGAGAGGUCAUUAAAAUGUGGGGACGAGUGCCUUUUUCACCUGGACCAUCACCUCCCCCACUGCUGGGUAACAUGGACCAGGAGAGGCUGAAGAAACAGCAGGAGCUUGCCGCUGCUGCCCUCUACCAGCAGCUCCAACAGCAGCAGCUGUUCCAGCUCAUUAACAGCAGACAGCAGUACACACAAUGUGCACUACAGCAGAAGGCAGCUACAGGGGACCUGACACCACAGCAGCAGCAGCAGCUUACUUUAUUCCUGCAGGCCCUCAAAUCAAGGUGUGGGGAGCAGGGUAUGAUUCCUUCGAUAAACAGAUCAAUGUCAGUGCCAGACACAGGCUCCCUAUGGGACAUGCAUACCUCAGCUUCACAGCAGCCUGGCAGUGAAGCCAUUUUGUGGGAUUUAACAAUUAAUUCUUCUACUCAGGGUCCAAUUCUAGAACAGCUUCAACUAGAGAGACAAAAACUUCAGCAAGAGCGACGAGAUGCAGAACUCAGGGCUAAACGAGAGGAAGAAGAGAGAAAAAGAAGAGAGGAGAAACGCAGGCAAGAAGAGCAAAAGCGAAGGGAGGAAGAAGAGCUGUUUAGAAGAAAACAAUGUCGUCAACAACAAGAGCUGAUCAUGAAGUUGUUACAGCAGAGUCAGCAGCAGGUUGUGGCUGCCCAGCAGCAGAGCUCCUCUAGUGUAUGGAAUAACAUGCCCAAACAAAAUAAGACAAUACUGGAAAUGGAAGCCGAACGGCAGCUACAAAAAAGAGCCCAGCAACAGCGAUCGCAUGGCAGUAUGGGCAUGGGCAGCGGCGGUGUUUCCAGCAUGUCUGGGCAGUGGGGUGCUGAUGCCAGCUCCAUGUGGGUUGGAGGGCAUGAAGGCAAAAAUAGCAGUAUGGGACUGUGGGAUGAAGCCUUGAAGAAUCAAGGGGCUGGUCUCCGCGGUAUGGGCUUGAAGAACAGUCGCAGCAGUCCUUCACUCAGUGAGCAGUAUGUGAUCAACAGGCGUAAAAAGACUGAAGAAGAGGAAAAGCUGCUCAAGCUGCUUCAGGGAAUGAAACCCCAGGAUGGCUUCACCACAUGGUGUGAACAAAUGCUUCAUGCCCUCAACACUACCACCAGUAACAUUGAUGUUCCAACAAUUGUUUCAUACCUAAAGGAAGUAGAGUCUCCUUAUGAGGUCCAUGAUUUCAUACGCUCCUAUCUGGGAGAUACUCUGGAAGCCAAAGAGUUUGCCAAGCAGUUUCUUGAGCGCCGUGCCAAACAGAAAGCCAACCACCAGAGACAGCAGCAGCUGUCAAAGGAAGUAGCAGGGCUGGCAGUGAACUUCCCUUUGCAGGAUGCUAUGAGAGGCCUGAAUCCCAACAGCCUGCAAUCCAUGUUCCAGUCCAGUCAUAUCUCCAAGCAGGCAGCCUAUGAGAACAGUCAGGCCAAUAAGAUGAAAAAGAAACAGCCGGUGAUGCUGCACUCUGAUCCCAGUAUCCUAGGCUACUCUUUUCACAACCCUUCAGACCGGCUGAACCUAGGAGAGAUUGAGCCUGUGGAGGACUACUGAACAUAGCAAUAGGAAUCUGCUGCCUUCAUCAUUUCAGUCUUAGCUGAAGAAGUGCACUGUAGCCAGGGUGUCUGGGGAUUUCUUCUCCAGUCUCUGACCCACAGCGAGAACGAGAGGGCCACUUGUUUCACUUUUUCAUUGAAAGGAAGAGAGAAAAAAAGUAACCCUCUGGGCACUUGUCUAUUACACAAAGCACCUUAAACUAAAGCACUUUACUUUUUUUUUUU